AUGGAACAAGCUCGCCGCAAGCGACAGGCACUCGAUGCCCUCGAUGAGGUUGCAGGAGUCGACUCGCCAAGGUCGAAGAGGUCGAGGACUGGCGACGCGACCAUGUCGGAGGGGUCACCACCACCACACGGAUUGAACGGCGAUGCAACCGACAAGGCUGAGGCAAACGGCGGGGAAAGCGUGGAAGAAGAGGACGAGGACGACGACUUUGAGGAACACACACCUGCGGCCCCGAUCCGACAAUCCGCGCCGACGAGCGGCUACGAUGACCUCUACCUCGACACAAUAGAUCGCAACGUGCUGGACUUUGACUUUGAAAAGUUAUGCUCAAUCAGCUUAUCCAACAUCAACGUCUACGCCUGUCUCGUGUGUGGUCGAUAUUUCCAGGGUCGUGGUCCCAAAUCCCACGCUUACUUCCACGCCCUAGACGAAGAUCACCACGUCUACAUCAACAUGCAGACGCAAAAUGUCUACGUCCUGCCUGAGGGCUACGAAGUCAAGAGCAAGUCUCUCGACGACAUCAAGUAUGUCUCGGAUCCGCGAUAUACGAAGCAGGAGGUCAUGGAACUCGAUCGUAGAGCCCAGCCGGCGUGGACGCUGGCGGGCAAGGAGUACGCCCCGGGCUUUGUGGGUAUGAACAACCUCAAGGAAAACGACUACCUCAACGUCAUCCUGCAGGCGCUGUCGCACGUCGUACCAUUACGCAACUACUUUCUCCUCGAGGACUUCAGCUCGCGCUCCGAGCUCGCCAAGCGUACGAGUAUUCUCGUGCGCAAGAUCUGGAACCCGCGCGCCUUCAAAGCGCACGUAUCCCCGCACGAGCUCCUUCAACAGAUCGCCCUCGACUCCAACAAACGCUUCACGCUGACCAACCAGUCUGACCCCAUCGAGUUCCUCUCGUGGUUCCUCAACAACCUUCACCUCGGCCUCGGUGGCUCCAAGACGAAGCCCGGCUCGUCCAUGAUCCACCGCAUCUUCCAGGGCAAGCUCAAGGUCGAGUCACAAGCCAUCACGGCGCGCGCCGACGCCGGCGACCGGCUCCGCUUCGAGGACGCCGCCGACGUUCACGUUGCCGUCUCCCGCUUCCUCCUCCUCACCCUCGACCUCCCCGCGGCGCCGCUCUUCCAGGACGAGAACAACCGCAACAUCAUCCCGCAGGUGCCCCUGACGACGAUCCUCGCCAAGUACGACGGCCGCCACGCCCAGGAGCACCUCGCCCAGCGCAAGCGCUACCGCCUCCUCCACCCGCUGCCCCCCUAUCUCGUCAUGCACGUCAAGCGCUUCAGCCAGAACAAGUUUGUCUCGGAGCGCAACCCCACCAUUGUCACCUUUGACGCGCGCAACCUCGACAUGGCGCCGUACGUCGAGCCCAACCCGGCCGAGCACCCGCCCGGCGAGCCCAUUUGGUACGACCUCGUCGCCAACGUCGUCCACGAGGCCGUGCGCGCGCGGCGGGAGGACGUCGCCGACGCCGUCGGCGAGGAGCGCAAGACGUGGAAGGUCCAGCUCAAGGACAAGGGCCGCGACGAGUGGGUCGUAUGCCAGGACCUGUUUGUCGACAAGGUGCAGAGCGAGCUGCUCUACCUUGGUGAGACGUACCUCCAGGUUUGGGAGCGGAGGAGGACGCCAAAGGGCAAGGGCAGGGCCUAA